AUGGAGCGUGUUGGAAAAAACCAACUGCGUGUACGAAAAUGGUUUGGAGUUCGCAAGGAGAUCGCUGCCAUUCGAACGGUGUGCUCACACAUUCAGAACAUGAUCAAGGGUGUCACGAAAGGAUUCCGCUACAAGAUGCGAUCGGUGUAUGCUCACUUCCCCAUUAACGUCACCCUUCAGGAUGGUGGAAGAACCGUUGAGAUUCGUAACUUCCUUGGAGAGAAGAUUGUUCGUCGUGUACCUCUUCCGGAAGGUGUUACUGCCACUUUGUCCACUUCACAAAAGGACGAGCUUAUCAUUGAGGGAAACGAUAUCCAGCUGGUAUCUCAAGCCGCUGCUCGCAUCCAGCAGUCUACAUCUGUCAAAGAAAAGGAUAUCCGUAAGUUCCUUGAUGGAAUCUACGUGUCAGAGAAGACCACUAUUGUUCAAGAGUGA